AUGUCUCUGCCACGAGACGCUCACGUGGAAGCCGUCCGUGUUUUGGGAGAACCAUUCUCCUCCGAAAAGCCUUUCAAUUUUGGAUGUCAGUCCACAACCAAACGGAUCAACAGCAUCAUCCCAGUGAUGCUCGAGCACCGUCUCACUCCACCUCCCCCUGAAACCUAUUCUCUUCACCGUAAAAUGUCCGGCUGCUUUCUCCUCUGUGGUAAACUAGGCGCCGAGGUCAACUGCCGGCAGCUCUUUCUUGAAAUCGCCAACAAUUACGUCUAUGGAUUAGACAGUACUCCGGAGAUGAAGUAG